AUGAAGACGACUUCACUUGCACAUCAGCUUCUCGUGGAGGCAUGCCUUCUUUCAAUUGCCUUGGCCUCCCCCGCUCCCACUGCCUUCGUCAAUGACAAUGUCGCACCGCCCAAUCCUGCCAUUACACCUUCCCCCGUCGAGCGCAAUCCUUCUCCCGUCGUCGGCCGGGAUAUUUUGAGCGACAUUGAUUCUGAUGUCGGAACCAUCCUUUCGGGCCUUGGGUCCAACCUACCCUUGUGGGUCGCAUCCGGUGUUCCCAACUUCUUCCAGGGAUUCCCGACCGGAGAUGCUGUUGUGAGCUCCCUAGGCAUACAAAGCUCGGACUUGGCAGCACUGCCAACCAACGUGCUGAAUAUCGACCCAUAUGCCAACUGGACCAGCUCCGGUUGGAACGUGCGCUUCCAUGGCAACGUUUAUAAGCAACCUAAUACCUCGGUCAAAGACUUGAACAAGCUUGCCAAUGUCUUCCUCGGCAAUACGAGCAUCUCGGAUCUUCCUGAAUCCCAACAGGUUCAGGCUCGUAACCUGACUGCGGAGAUCUUUGUAGUCCAGCAGGCGGAAGUUGCUGUGAACACGAUCCAUCUCGAGCCGGCGCCUAGUCAAGGAGCCAGCGGCCAGCCCGGCGGCGGCGGAUCAUCAAACACCACGGGGGGCACGCAAGACCUGACCCUGCCUUACAACACCACAGUCGAGGGCGAUUUCGACACCUUUGUGCCUAUCAAGAGCAACGGCCUUACUCCGGGAAAUGAAACCAUGGCAGUCCAGAGACUCAACACUUAUGUUGAGGGGGCAACUAUCGGAAAUAGUACCGCCUAUCUUGUGCCUCCGACCGGCCUGACCAUCAUCUCUGACAUUGACGAUAUUCUACGCGUCACCAAGAUCUACGAGCCGGAGCAAGGUCUGCUCAAUUCUUUCGCUCGCCCGUUCCGGGCUUGGGAGAAUAUGCCAGACAUCUACCGUAACUGGUCUACCAGCCUUCCUAACAUGCAUUUCCACUACCUGACAACUACCCCAGAGCAAGUCACCCGAAACUACAUGCAGUUCAUCUAUACCAACUACCCUGGUGGUUCCUUCGACACCCGUCCCCUGAACUUUAGCGACGUAUCAGCCACCUUGUCCAUCCGCAAAUUCUUGUUGCAGAAGAUCUUCGAAACCUUCCCCCAGCGCAAGUUCAUCUUGAUCGCCGACACCAGCAAUAGCGAUGUCAUGCGCGACUACCCGGAAAUGGCAACCGAAUUCCCCGGUCAGGUCCAGUGUAUUUUCCUUCGCAAUACCUCCGCCACCGACCCAGGCGACAAGUUCCCGUACGACACUUCUGGGUUCAAGAACCUGAACCAGACGCAAUACAUGUUCUUCCUGAACCCGGAUGACCUCACCAACUUGGAUAUUGCCAAUGGACAUUGCUACAAUCAGUCCAUUGCCCAGAACUUGACAUUUGGAUACCAGGGGCUGCCUGGUAAACUUGGAUCCACAUCAGCAUUCAACGGGUCGGCAAACCACACUGCCAAAGGAGCUGCAAGUGGGCUGAUGACGAAGGAGUCCUCUGGCGCACAAAGCCUUUUGGCUCUGGUCGCAGCAUUGACUACAGCCACUUUCAUGUUCCUGUAA